AUGUUAAAUGUUAAUAUUGAUUUCUAUUAUUGUGAUCCUCAACCAGAAGACGUAGACAUUAACAAGGUAGACUUUCCAUUAGUGGAUUCAAUAAUGAUAGAUCCAGAAUUUGAAACAAUAAAUAUUUUAUUAACACAGAGUCCAUGUGGAAAACUUCACGCUGACAGAAUAACAGACGUUGAAGCACUCACAGGAUAUAAAGUUUGCCCCUUUUGCAAAGAAGAAGUAUAUUCUAUCCGUGAUGAUCCAGAAAGGAAAAACCAAAGAAGAUUUUUAAAACAUUGUGAGAAAUGUAAAGAAAAUAAUGGAAGAUUAAUUCAAGACGUUCAAUUGCAAAACACACAACAACCAUAUGCACCACAUAUUACGAAACAGAAGAUAUAUCAAUGGCUAUUAGCACAUAAUUUGCAGGAAUAUUAUAAACCAACAAGAUAUUAUAUUACUUUUGACUUCGAAACAUUAGAGACUAAAGAAGAAUUACAACUUUCUGAGUGUGCAACUUUAAACGCUUACUUAAAACCAUUCAUGGUAUCAUCAACGGUUAAAUUAAACGAUAAAACAUAUACGAGGAAUUUUUGCUUAACUUCGAGUGAUUCUUUUAUUUCUGAUUGGAUUGAGUUUUUAUUUUCAACCUGUUCAUUAGUUGCUAAAUCAAAUAUUGAACAAUAUGAAGAAUUAAUGAAGUCCCAUACAUUAAAUGAAAAACAGAAGGAAGCAUUUAAAGAACUUCUAGAUGAGGAAUUCAAUAAAGUGAAUAUCAUAGGUUUUAAUUCGGGAAAGUUUGAUUUAAAUUUAAUUCUUCGUGAUUUAAACACUGCAAAAUGGAAAAUAAAAUCAAUGCUAGGUUCUUCUUCUCAAUUUAAGCAAAUCAUUGUAAAGAAAACAAACUGUCCAUAUGAAUUAAGAUUUAUUGACAUCAGAAAUUAUAUAGCGGGUGGAACAUUAGACCAAUUCACUCAAGAUUUCGGAAACAAUAAAUCACGUGUUAAAUCCUUUUUCCCUUAUCAAUUCAUCACAUGGGAGAAUUACGAAGAUGAAUUAUAUAAAGUGGAACCAUUCACUCAAGAUUCAUUUUAUUCAGCAUUAACUCAAGAAACAAUAUCCGAUUCAGAUUAUCAAAUAUAUCUCAAUGAUGCUAAAAAUUUUGAGAAUAGAUUAGAAUAUUUUAUUCAUUAUUGCAAUAAAGACGUUGAAAUUAUGAUUGACCCAAUUGAUAAAAUUAUUGAAGAAACAUUUGUUUAUAAAAUUGACAUGCUUCAUAAUCUUUCUUUAUCAUCGAAUGCAUCAAUGAUUCGUUACGCGUUAGCAUAUAAGAACUUCAAUCCUAACGAAACAUAUCCAGAAGAAGAAAAUGUGGAAUCA